UUCCAUGUUAAGUUGCAAAGUCUCUUUUUUUAAACCAAUUGUAAUGCUAAUCAUUGAAACAAUACGUAAUUUGUUUUUUUAAUUACAGUAACAUUGAGUCCACAGUAUAUGCAAUAUUGUGAAGAAGAACAAUCACAUUCAUUAUAUAAAUAUAAAUGACUUGGAGUCCUAGUCACAGUAGACACCCCAUUACCCCAUUGUAAUUAAGACCAGUAACCACCAUGAUUAAUUCAUUGUAAUUAAACAAAGCUGCGAUGCCUUGCUCGCCAGAAUAUUAUGAGUAAUAUUCAAAAUGGUCCUUUACAUGGACUUCAUUUGAGGCACAUUUUGUUUUAAGCAUUCUAACAGAUUACAUACUUCAUAACUGAAAUAAAAAUGAAUUAAAACAUAACAUCAGACGUUUUAAGAACCUCAGUUUGAACGUUACAAUUUAACAGGCAAUUAAGUGCUGUAAAUUUACAGAAGGAGAUGGGGCUUGGAUACUAUAGGCCUAGUUGUACAGGAUGAGUCGUAACCCCAGAGCGCCGCGUUUCUGAUUGAAGUGUGAAACUCUCCCAUCUGUGCCUGAUACAACCUGUUGUCGGUGGCGAAGCUUUCCGUGGAUAUAGGCCACAGAGACGUAUUCAAGCCUUUCAUUUCACUUGCACAGUUCUAUAGCCGUUAGUCGUUUCAUCGCUUAUGCGUUUUGGCAUGAAACAGAUCUGGUUUGGUUACAGGAAAGGUGUAACGAUAUAGCGGUUGGCUGAGGCUGGCAUUGGUCUACACUGGCAUAAACAUGCGAACUACAAAAGUGUGUCCGUUAUUCGGUCUCUCUCUCUCUCUCUGUGCGUUUUCAGACCAACUGAGCUGAGCGCGCGUUGUAGUUGUAGCAGCAGCACUGUUUAUAGGAGGUGGGGCGAGGCUUGAGGUUCUGGUGCGCCCUUUCCGCGCGCAGUACCGUUUUUCAGUCAUCAUUCCUUGCUCAUCCCUCGAGCAGUCAGCUCGAGAUAGGAGCAAAAGACUGAGCGAGAGAGAGGAAGUUAUCUCUUCCUCCUAUAUCUGCUGCUUCCCACACAUUUGUCACGUCGUAAUUUAUGGGCUUAGAAAGAGGGAAGAUAAGUUACCCAUUCCAGAAGUGACUUUUUACUUUUUACUGCUGCUGAACAUUUUUUUAUGAUGUCUCGAGUCGCGGAUCUAUCCAAAAUCCGUCAGGAGAGAAUGCGCGAGAUCAGUCUCCGGAAUAAGGAGAAGGAGCGCAUGCGAGAGCUGGAGCGUCAGGCGAGGGAGCGCGAGGCCUGCUAUAGCAACGGCCACCUCUACACCUCCCUCACCGUCUCCGCGACAACCCUCUGUUCUGCCUGCAACAAGAGCAUCACCGCCAAGGAGGCACUCAGCUGCCCCACCUGUAACGUCACCAUCCAUAACCGAUGCCGAGACACACUGCCCAACUGUGCCAAGAUGAAGCAGAGGCAACAGAAGAUGGCAGUGACAAGGACCAGUUCGGCGUACCAGAGUGUGACACUGCGAAACAAGAGCAACAUGAUGAGGGAGCGGCCCAGCUCUGCCAUCUACCCCUCCGACAGCCUCCGCCAAUCGCUGCUCGGCUCCCGCCGCGGACGCUCCUCCCUCUCCCUCUCCAAGAGCGUCUCCACCAAUAACAUCGCAGGGACGAAUGAUGACUCUCCUUUGGGACUGCGCAGGAUCCUCUCUCAGUCAACAGACUCACUCAACUUCAGGAGCAGGACCAUGUCUAUGGAGUCCCUAAAUGAUGACGGGGAGUACUACACGUCUAUGCUGGAAGAGAUGGAGAUCGAGGGGCGGGACUUUGAAGCUGAUUCGUGGAGCACAGCGGUGGACUCUGCCUACUUGCAGACUCACAGGAAAGACGUCAUCAAAAGACAAGAUGUCAUCUACGAGUUGAUCCAGACGGAGUUGCACCACGUGCGUACGCUGCGCAUCAUGGAGGGGGUGUUGCGGCGGGGCAUGCUGGAGGAGGUGCAGCUGGAGCCGGGCGUGCUGAACGUGCUCUUCCCCUGCCUGGAACGCCUGCUGCUGCUGCACCAGCGCUUCCUCGCCCAGCUGCUGCUGCGACGCAACCACUGCCUGCAGCCCGGCAGUCAGCACAACUUCACCAUCCACCAGCUAGGGGAUGUACUGCUCGAACAGUUCUCAGGUCAUAGUGCAGAUGAGAUGAGGAAGACGUACGCUGAGUUCUGCAGUCGCCACAUGAAGGCUGUGAAGCGCUUCAAGGAGCUGUUUGCCCGCGAGAAGAGACUACAGUACUUCAUACGGCGAGUGAGCCGGGGUCCUCUGCUGCGUCGUCAUGGUUACCAAGAGUGCAUCCUCCUGGUCACCCAGCGCAUCACCAAGUACCCCGUCCUGCUCCAGCGCAUCCUCGACAACACUAAGGACCCAGAGGAGUAUGAGUCUCUGUCCCAGGCCCUUACUUCACUGCGGGAGCUGCUCACCUCAGUGGAUGAGCAGGUGGUUGAGCUAGAGCGCAACCAGCGUCUGCAGGAGAUGACGGCCCGGCUGGACCCGCGUGCCGAGGCCAAGCUGCGCUCCGGCGCCCUCUUCAGGCCCGGGGAGUUGUCGCGACGACGCCUCAUCCAUGAGGGCACGCUGCUCUGGAAGACAGCAGGGUCUAGGCUUAAAGAUGUGCAAGUUUUACUGAUGACAGAUAUCCUGGUGUUCUUACAAGAAAAAGAUCAGCGAUACAUCUUCCCCUGUCUGGACAAGCCAGCCGUCGUCUCCCUGCAGAAUCUCCUGGUGCGAGACAUAGCCAAUCAGGAGCGAGGAUUCUUCCUCAUCAGCAGCGAGUCCAGCCCCCCGGAGAUGUAUGAGCUGCACGCCGCCUCCAAGGACGACCGCAACACCUGGAUACGAUCCAUACACCAGGCCGUGCAGAGGUGUCCGUCCAGACAGGAGUUUCCUCUCAUCGAGACAGAAGAUAAGGCUUUACUGCGCAGACUCAAAGCGGACAUCCAGCAGAAGGACCGUGAGGUGCGUGAGCUGCUUCAGGAGCGGGUGACCUUGUUCUCGGACUUCGUGGAGGUCACGGGGGGCUAUGAGGUCAUGCUGCCGCCCAACUCCAGGAACCUCUUCAGGGCCGACACGCCACAGGCCCCCCGCGCAGAGGGGCUGCUCACGGAUGCCAUCGGAGAAGUGGACAAGUUGUCUGAGUUGCUGCUGCAGUCCAGUGUGGAGGUGUCUGUGCCCUGCAGCCCCAAUGGUCACCACAGCCAUAGCCACACAGGGGGACUGCUCAUCAAUGGACAAGAGGUGCUCUUUAACGGUGCCCCAGAAUCCCCGGCUGCUCAUGACCGCAAUGGCAAUCAGAUGGGAGACAGGAAUUCUGGUCAGGAAGUGUCUCAGAGGCUGGUGAAUCUGACUACGCUGCUUCACGCUCUUCAGGCUGCAGUCAUCAAGCAGGAUUCUAUUCUGGAGUUCUACGUGCGUGAGAGUUCCGUGGCCUCUGAAGGUUCCGCUGCUGCUGGCAGUGGCGUACGUGUGGUGCGCUCGCUGUCCCGUGACGGGGUGUCGGAGAUGGGGGGCGUUGGGGAGCUGACGCUGCUUCAGAGGCAGCACAGCCUGCUGCAGGAGGAGCUGGUCAGGCUGCGGGGGGCAGAUGGGAAACUCAAAGACUGUGAGAAGCACCGCGCACAGCUGGAGAAGCAGCUCAAGGAGCUCAAGAGCACCGCCCCGGGGGGCACCGGUGGAACUACAGCGGCGCAUCAGCAGCAACAGUGUCCUGUGCACAGGGAGAGCGAAACAGACCCAAUCACAGACCCCCAGCUGCCCAGCCAGGAGUCCAUGGACCAAUCAGACGGCCUGCAGGGCUGCAGCGACGUUGACAUCAUCUCCGAUGACGACGACGAUGACAUUGUUGGGGACGACGAAGACGUGAAGUUGUCACCGCGGUCAGAGAGUCCACGAGAUCUACAGGACAUUCCAGAAGAGGAGACUCCAGAGCCUCGAGAACUGGAAGUGUCUCACUGCUAAUGGAACAUUCUUGAACAUUCCGGAACAGCCCAGAGAAACAGACUGGAGAAUCCCCAAAAAUAAGACGAUGACGAUGUUCCUUGGGGCUCUAAAGAGAAGCGUUUUAUCCACUUUAUUAUCCAGUAUAUUGAUUCUGUGAUGAUCUUCCUACCGUAGUUUAAUCUAUUUUACGCUCUAGUGUAUGAUCAGUGGCAAUAUGUUAAAAAAAAAACGCUUUUAUGGACCUUCUACUUUUGAUAUUUUGCAUCAUGUACUGUAUGGCUGCAGUGCAAACAUUCAUGGACUAAUGACUGACUAAAGGACAAACCAAAGCUGAAUGUGUGCCAGUGAUGAUGGACUUUCUGAGGAUGGAUUUCCACGACAGCCAUUUUGUGAUAUGGAAUAUCAGGCCUGAUGGCCGCCGGAAGUGCAUUGUGUGGUGCUUUUGUGGACGGAAUACUGGAGAAGAGCAUCAUUUCAUGAACAUUUCAUCUGCCUUUCCUCCUCUUUGUUAACUUUGGAUUAUUUGUAGUGCUUUAAAGACUGUAACGAUAUGGAAUAGAGUUACGGUCCUGCUGAAUACAUUGAUCCGGGUAGGUUUGGAUGUUUUUUUCUUUCUUUUGAUGUUGCACGAAGAUAUUGUACUGUAAAUACAUUUCAGUAGAUUGCUUCAUGCUGUAGUAUGUAUAAGUGUGCAAGCGUGCACACGUACACACACACACACACACACACACACACACACACACACACACACACACACACACACACACACACACACACACACACACACACACACACACACACACACACACACACACACACACUUCCUUACAUUUCUGAUCAGCUCUUAAUUUCUGAAGUAAUGCCAAUAAGUGAUAUAAAUCUGGGAGAUGCUAUUGUUUUAGAAGUUGAUUGUUGACUUUUAUUUAUUUAUUAUUAUACCUACAACAUUUCAGUUAGUAGAAAAUCUCCCGCAAUCUUGUCCACAACAAAUUCUCUACAUGGGAGGUAAGCCAUAAAUGAACUGGGGAGUUACAAUACAGUGACUGAAGAAGUAGGGGCCAAAGGCAAUAGAUUAGAACUUGUAUAGCUGCGGGUUGUAAUGUUGAUACUGUACAUUUACACCAAAAGCUGCCAAAAGUAGAGUUAGAAUGGUAAAACAAAAUGGUUCACAACAUUUCAUCUGGUUUAUUACCAGUGGUGGAACAAUUGCACACAGGGCCACGGAGGGGAGACUGAUAGGGCCCCCUAUACAAUCUACCAAGGUCGCAAUAGGGCCCCUACCACCAAUAUAGAUGGACCCUGGGCGCCAGGCCAGAUGUCCUGGUUGCUCACUCUAUAGCUCCACCCUUGUACAUUAGUGUAAUAUAAACAAUUCUACACUUCUUGAGUUGUUGUUGUGUAGUGUCUAGUUGUAGUACACAUAGAAAUUUAACUUUAGUAUGACGUUCAGCUGCCUUCAACUGGCUUUUGAUAGUCAGUACUGAUUACAAUGCUGCUGCUUACUGCUCUCACCUCAUCUGGUAACCAAAAGACUUUCAUCAUCCUCCUGUCCUCAGUAGCUCUUGGUGUGAACAUACAGUUGAACAACAGGUGAAAUAUACAGGUGUCAGGUAGGGCUAUUCCCAACUGAUCAGGGAAAACAUUCAUUUUUAAAAUAGUUUUGUGAAGAAAAAAAAACUAUAAGUCUUUAAGUGCAGUUCGUGAAAAGCAGUUCGUAGAAAACAAAUCUAUAAGUGCUGUUUGUGAAGAUGCAAGAGUGUGAGUAAAAAGAUGUUUUACAGAUGGAAAAAUAUACUCUGAUCAGUCAACGACUGGCCUGCACACAUUAAUCAAUGCUGGUGACUUAGGACAUGAAUCGAGUUCCUUUACUAUAAGCGAACUCUUUUCGCAAUCUUUAAAUUUGUUUUUGUUUGUUUUCUUUCCUUUGUUUUGCUAAAUAUUUCUGAUAUGAAUAGACUUGAUGCUUGUGCCAUAUUUAUAUCUCUGAGUCUGUGCCACUUUUUAAGCGUGUGAGCCCAACCAACCACCGGAAGCCUUGUCCUUUCUUCUUGUCCCUCUUCCUUCUUGUUCUUCUUACUUGCCUCUUCCAUGUGAUUUGAAUGACUGCUCUGUGACUAAUAAUGAUUAUACAAUUUUAAUGUCUGCUUUGUACGAUUGCAGGAAUAUAUUAAGGUUCAGCUGUCAUUCAGGAAUGAUUAAAGAAUUUUAAGCCUUGCUGCGAUGACUCAGUGGAAUGGAUGGGGGUGUACUGUUUGUGUCGUGAAAUGGCUCUCCUUUCUAUUCUAAGGCUCUUGUCUGUGCUAUGGUUUGCUUUGCCAGCCCCGGCUGUCCUGUCAGCCACAACUUAAUACACAGGCAGGAUUGCUAUUCUGUGCUGAAAGGACUAUAUCAGGCUGCGCUACUCAUCGUAUUAUUUACCACUGUUGAAAGCCCACAGCAGUUGCCAUAAUAGCACAAUACAGACUACGGUGCAUACAGACUUCUUCUUUCUCUCCCUUUUGAUAUUUUAAACUAUUGAACCAGCCCACACAGAAGAGGUAUAAAACUUGUAUAAAAGUUAAUAAAUAAAUAAAAUAAAUUCAUAUACU